AACCUGGAUAACGGGGAUCAUCACUCCAAGCUCUUACCCGCCGCUAUGCUCCUGGGACUUACGACCUCACUCGCAUUGGGCAACCUCCCCCCAAGCCACUCACUACCUCUUCACUCACCGACGUCUUAACACCCACUUCAGAUUUCAUUCUUUCACUCUCUGUCAGCACUUUCGUUCAUCCUCCGAACUCAUUGAAAACUUUGAAGCACAACCAUUCCGAAAUCCCCGAAAGACGCAGAAGUUGCAAUCAUGGCCUUCCAGCCAUACACUCCCAAGCCUGUCACGGACAUCUUCACUUCAGACACCGAUAUCAACCGUCGAGAAUGCCGGCGAGUCGUGCCAAUGAGAGUACUGGCCCUGGGCCUUGGCAGAACUGGAACCGCCUCUCUUCGAAGUGCCUUGCAGGAAUUGGGCUUUCGGGACUGCUACCACAUGAUGUCCGCCUCGGUCGAGAACCCACCCGACUGCCUUAUGUGGUCUGAUGCACUUGCUGCAAAGUACGACGGCAAGGGCAGAUUUGGUCGUGAGCAAUGGGACCAGCUGCUUGGUCACUGUCAGGCCGUGUGCGAUUGGCCCGCUGUCGCCUUUGCGAAGGAGUUGAUUGAAGCGUAUCCGGACGCAAAAGUUCUUGUCACUACCCGUGACGUCGAUAGCUGGCAUGCUUCUACUAUGAAGACUGUGCACUGGCGUGCUACCGAGCCGGAACUAAAAUUUGUCUCCAAAUUUGACUGGGCAGCAGGACUGUACCAACCCAUGCUUUCGAAGUUCUGGACUGAGUUCUGGGAAGGCGAUUUCGAGAAGAACGGAAAGCGACGUUUCAAUGAGUACUAUGAUGAAAUUCGAUCACUAGUUCCCAAGGAGAACCUACUGGAGUACAAGAUGGGCGAAGGCUGGAAGCCACUCUGCGAUUUUCUCGAGGUUCCUGUCCCCGAGGGCAAAAAGUUCCCACGAACCAACGACACCGAUGGAUUCGUGGACCGCUGCCGACGCAGGAAUCGUAUGCAACUGAUGAAUGUCCUCUUCCGCGCGACUGUCGUAGGUGGCUCGCUGGCGGCAAUCGUUUUCAGCGCAAGCAUGACCAUUCGGAGGUUAUUCGGCAGCCGCGGCAGUCUAUUGUCAUGAGCAUGGCCAUACUCGGGCGUGAGAUCAUCACCAUGCGUUCGCCGCGAAGCUUUUCCUUUUCUCUGCAUGCAUCACGGUAUCGCUCAUCACUGAGUAUCAGCAUGGUGUACGGAGUUGGGCAUUUGUUUCAUCGGACGGCAUAGCAUAUUCGGAGUUUGUUUGGGCUAAAGGCUGCAUAUUGGGUUCCAGAUUUGCCAGUGAUCUGAAGACACCAGUGGCAGCACUAGAAAUAAAAGCUAUAUUCUGAUCAGCACUUGAGAUCCAGAUAGACAAUGUAUAUGGAGAGUAAGAA